AUGUCAACAUAAUAAAUAGUAAAAGGAAAGUUAGAAUAACAUAUAAUAUAAAUAGAGAAGCAUUUGGAUGUAUUAAUUGUAAUUAAUAUAGUCAUCUUUUGAGAAAGUCUGUAAUUACAUCGAUUAAAUACUUAUUAUGGAUUCUCCAAUAUCUUAGUUGAAAACCCAAAAAUAAGAAAUAUUUUUCCCAAAAAUUGAUGAAUUCCAUAUAAUUGGUUAUUCUGAGUUUGUAUCUAAUUUUGUCUAAGAAAUUAAACCAUUAAUGAAAUAAAGAAUCUAAGAUAAAGAUCAAGCUCAAAUUCAAUCAGAAUAAAAUUAAUAAUCAUUAAUAAAAUCAUUAUAAUUAUAAGAAUUACAAGAAAAAGAAAUCAAAUCUUCAUCUUAAUUUUCUUAUUAGUUAAUUUAAGAUAAUUCUUUUCAAUAAUUUGAAUAUUGUUAUGCAAUUUCUAUUAAUAAAGAUUGUUCAUUUGUAGCAGCUGGAUCUGAUAAAUAGAUUAAAAUAUUUGAAUUCAAAUAAGGAAUGUUGAAAAUUAAAUCAAAUCAUAAAUGA